GCCGCGCCGCCCAGUGCGGGCCCUGUGCAAGGAGCUGGCGGCGCGGCCCCGGGCGUGGCUGGUAACUAGCACCAGCAUCCUCCCUUUGGAUCUGUAGCUGCAAGGAAUGGCCAUGGAAGAUGACAAGAAGACUGAGGUAGUACUGCUGGCCUGUGGCUCCUUCAAUCCCAUCACCAACAUGCAUCUAAGGUUAUUUGAGCUGGCUAAAGACUACUUCAAUGAAACAGGAAAAUACAAAGUAAUCAAAGGAAUCAUUUCACCAGUAGGUGAUGCCUAUAAGAAGAAAGGUCUGAUCAGUGCAAAUCACCGAGUAGCUAUGGCAAAACUAGCUACAAAAAACUCAGACUGGGUGGAAGUGGAUGAUUGGGAAAGCAGCCAGAGCGAGUGGUUGGAAACACUAAAAGUUUUAAGGUACCAUCAUCAAAAGCUUUUACCUUCUGAUCCCAGUAAUAGUCUGCAGAAUGCUGUACCUUUAACAAAGCCAGGACGGAAGAGGAAACAGGAACCAAACAGGCAUGAUCCUGUUAAAAAGAAAAACCAGAGUCCAGACGUAAAAAGUGUCCCACAGGUUAAACUGCUUUGUGGAAGUGACAUGCUGGAAUCUUUUGGGAUCCCAAAUCUGUGGAAGUUGGAGGACAUCACAGAAAUUGUGGAAAACCAUGGCCUUGUGUGCAUCAGCAGGGCUGGAAACAGCGUUCAGAAAUUCAUCUAUGAAUCUGACAUUUUGUGGAGACAUAAGAAUAAUAUUCACCUUGUGGAAGAGUGGAUCACAAAUGACAUUUCCUCCACCAAGAUUAGGAGAGCACUGCGGAGGGGCCAGAGCAUUCGUUACCUAGUGCCUGAUGUAGUUCAGGCAUACAUAGAAAAACAUAAUCUAUAUAGCCCAGAGAGUGAAGACAGGAAUGCUGGGGUUGUCUUGGCUCCCUUACAGAAACAGGCAAGUGAAUCCAAGAAUUAACAGGCACUAUACACCAAAUUUUAUUUCUGCUGUGAAAAAAACCCCACAGUCCAGCACAGGAAAAUAUGGGUUUGUGGGGUUGGUGGGUUUUUAGUUUGUUUGUUUUCUUUUUAAAUUAAAUAGUGGGCUAAUUCUGUGGCUUUAGUACACAUGUAGUUGCUGGUGAGGUUUGGUGCACUCAGUAAGUGGACCUGCAGAGUCUUUUUAAAUUCAAGAAUAUGAUUUUUAUGUUUAAGCACUUUGUCACAGUGCUGUGAACUAAGGAUAAGAACCAUACUUUAAUAGGAGAAGUACCAAUUAACAAAGAAAGCAACUGAAUGUUCUGAUUAGUUUUAACACUGGCUGCUAUUUAUAAAAGAACAAAAAUGUUCUUAAUAACUUUUACUGUCUUAACAGACAAAGCUAUUUCAUUUCAGAAUGUACCAUUUACUGAUGGUGAAACUAUAGACAGGACUUCUUCCAAAAUUAUCAACAUGUGCUGCACCUCAAAGAAAUUAUUUAGCUCUAUCCUGGAAGGGAAAAAUGUACUCCUAGCUGAAGUGGUGCUAGAUAGACCAUGCUUUGAGCUGCCUGCCUUGCAAACAUCCAGCCUAUUUGUCUGCUGUUGUGCGAUUAGCUCCCAGAAGUGCUUUGUGCUUUACCUCUCCAUUUGUGUUUCCAGAGCUCAGCACUGUUUCUCAUGGAAGGACAGCCCUACUUCCAAAACUGGUUUAUAGCAAAUAAUUUAUAGGAUAGAAAUGAAUAAUGGUGUCGUUGCAGGGAUUCUCAGACAGUUGUCCCUUUAUUUCAAACAAUAAAUGAUCUUUUACUUCUGAGCUAAAUGUAUAUAGCCAGAACUGUUUUCUGUGAGAGGAGAAGUGGUGGGGUAUUAAGACUGUAAGUAAAAUGGUUUUGUUUGCUAGAAAUCUUGUUUUGAAUCUAACUGUAUAUUGUCUGUAUCAGGUGAAUGUAAACUAGAGAGGCACUGUGAAUGUCAUGGGGAUGGAAUUCUACCUCCCUUUAUUGACUAUCAUCCCAUUUUUGUUUGGAUUCUGUGCCUUAUUGAAAAUGUCAAGGUUUCCAAGUGACCUUAGGGGUCAACAGCUUUUUAGUAAGAUCUCCACAAGAAGACUUUCUUCUCAUUUUUCAGACCAACAACUCCAGCACAAUGUGAGACUUGAGCCUAGAUGCUCUUGGGCAAGUCUACAACCAGGGACAUAUUCCAGGAUCAUAACUGUCACAAAGCAUCAUCCUCCUUCCCUGGGCAGGGGAUCCCCAAAGAGCUGAGGCUUCCCUAGCAGCUUAGGGGGAGUCUGGAGCACAGAAGCCAAACACAGAACAUCGCAGAGGGCCCUAGCAUCUGCACAUCUCAUAUAUAUAAUCCAGCAGGGGAGUCAAGACGCUGUUAGAAAAACCUAUAACCCACACUGAAGCUACCGCUAGGCAUACAAACUUGGAGCCCCACAUGAAAUUCUGCAGUUUCCAUACAUUAUAACACCUGUUCUACUGGCUCCAGCCUGCAAAGGUGGCCAGGAAAUCAGUGUAGUAAAAUUGAGUCACAGCUCAGAAGUGCAUCUGUAGAUGCAUUGUGACAGAAAGAAGCAUCAUGGAUUCUUAGAUUCUUUUCUUGGUGGCUCCUGCAUCAUGUGCUUGGUCUGCCGUUUCACUCCUAGAGCUCAGGCCAGUUUAUGCUGCCCUCAUAAUGAGGCUGGGUUUGUUUAUCAUCAAUAUAGUAAAGGAUAAAUUAUGCCUCCCAUGACACUUCAGCAGUCAAACAGCCAAACCUGAUUGAAGAUAACUAUUCUUGAUGAUGUGUAGGAAAGAACAAGAUCUACUUUCCUCUUUUGCUGUCUGUCUUUAUGACUGACAGGAACAGAGGGCAAGACAGACUUAUCUUCAGUACUCAAGUCAGCCAGCGUGCUGAGUAAACAGAGAAGAUUUUUCUAAUGGGAAAGCACCCUGUUUGUAUGGUCACUUUUCAGAAUAAAACUGCACUUUAAGUCUGGGUUUAUUCUUCCAGUAAAUGAUGCUGGGGUAUGUCGGUGCACUUGUGUAAUUUUAGAGAAACUGCAAAUUCAAUAGGAUGUUCUAUAAAGUUUUGAUCUUUGAGUGGUUCUAUUUCACUGGGUUUUGCUGUAGUUAUGUGUGAUGGGUCUUUCAAUAAAACAAACUGCAUGCAA